AACAGCAUUAAGCCUCUUCCCUCCCCCCCCGUUUUUUAAUGCUAUCUUUUCUGGCUGCAACUCUUGAAAUACUCCAUUUACUUUUAAAAUGCCAUCUAAUAGUAUGCCAAGUGUGAGGCAUACUCACAGCUUUUUGUCAACUUGUGGUGCAAUAAUUAAGGGUACAAAACUUUUUUAAAACCUUAGAUUUUUUUAAAAGUGUUCUUAGUUCUGCAAGGUUUAAAAAUAAAAUCUGUAUUGUUACUAAAGCACUAUGCAAAAUGUUUACAGAGGUUUUUAAAAAGUACUUUAUUGGCAACUUUUUUUGCUCUUCAUAUUCAGUAGAACUAAGGAGUUAACUCUGAAAGGCUCUUCCUUUAGUCACACAUCUUACAAAGGAGUAAGUAAAAACAUGCCCACAUUCUAUGAGAAAAUUGGUAUUACAUGGGCCCUCAUCUGCCAUUGGAGCUUAUAAAAAUCUCAGAAUCUAAAGGGAAUAAUGAAAUCACACAGUGUGGCAGCAGUUCAUAUGAGCAUAAACACUUAACCUGACUUCAAAGAGUUUUCCUUUUUCCUGAAAAUGUAGAAGUAAUAUAUGUAUUACUAGGGUGGGUCGUUAGUGUUUUUUGCACUGUUGAGGUAACUGCAUAGCUAGUAGUACAUUUGUGAGACUCUAGGAACCUAUUCUAUCGUAUGGAAAUCAGUUUUUAGAACUGUACAUACUGAAUUCUGUACCAAGGAUACAUAGAGUAUAAAACAAAACUGGACUUCAUGUCAUGUUUUGUUUAAAUUUAGACUAAUCUGCUUUUGAGAAGAUUAAGAGGCUUAAGUCAUUUUAAUGACUUAAUGCUUACGUACACGUUUUUAACUAUUUCACUGAAACAUCUUAAAUCUUUCAGCUUGAUUGAAGUUUUGCUUUUCAAUCUCUCUGACUGCAGAAUCUGGCCAUAACUUAAGUAUUUUGUAUUUGAAUAGUCACAAGCUUGGUAACUUCACCUGCUGAUGGUGAACAUUCCAAACACUGGUUGCCUUUAAUUUCUUCAAAAUUUAUACUUCUGCUUAAGCUUAAUAGCUAUACUUACUUACUAUGAGUAGAGUAAAUUUAGGAGUCGUAUUCCUCUGAAAGCUUUUUUAAAGGGAGGUAUAGCAUUACUCAAUUUGAAAAGAAUAGGUGACAUCUAUCUUUCAUACAUUCUUGACGUUUUUUCCACUAUCCACAGUUUUCCUUGUUGUUGCAUCUUCCCUUGAUAUGUUUUUAGCUGAUUCUUUCGUCAUUUCUAUAUGGGUUUUUCAGUGUUUCCUCACCGCAGAAGAAUGAAUGAGAAGUAGAAAGAAGUCACUAUUUGUUUCUUUACGUAAAACCAAGUGCAUCCAGAAGCGGGGAACAGAGAAUAAAAACUAGAAGAAAAUGGAGCUUCAAAUGAACAGAUAUUAGGCCAGUGGUGAUUACAGGGUGGGUCAGAGUUGUGGUAUAGUUAAUAAGUGCUUCAGAUUGAAAAUUUAUGCUAGGUAAGGAGCUAUAUGUGCAUUUGUAAUGCAAAUUUAUGAUCACUAAGUUAGAGUUCCUAAGAUACUACACAUACUUCAAAUGACCUGCUUUAGCAAUUUCAAUUACAGAGCUGAGGAAGACAAGCUAAGGAAAAAAACAUUAAUCACUACAGGAUUUGCCUCACCUAAGCUAGAACCUAGUACACUGGGACUGAGCUACAUCAACAUGCUGUCUGAUCUAGAUGUUAAUUGAAAAGAAAGAGGAGCUUCUGCUAACCUGCACUUGGAGCACAGUUAACUGGACUUUGAGAUGAUAUUAACUGUGUUUUUGAGCAACAACGAACAGAUUUUGACAGAAGUUCCAAUUACACCAGAAACAACCUGUCGCGAUGUAGUAGAGUUCUGCAAAGAGCCUGGAGAAGGAAGCUGCCAUCUGGCUGAAGUAUGGCGUGGGAAUGAACGUCCCAUACCCUUUGAUCACAUGAUGUAUGACCACCUACAGAAAUGGGGUCCCCGCAGGGAAGAGGUGAAAUUUUUUCUUCGUCAUGAGGAGUCACCAGCCGAAAGUAAUGAACAGAGUGGACGUCAAGCCCAAAAUCAAAGAAAUGGCAUAAAUAUACCCAUGGAGAAACGUACAGAGAAUGGGGUUGGGAAUCCACGUGUUGAGCUCACUCUUUCAGAACUUCAAGAUAUGGCUGCCCGACAACAGCAGCAGAUUGAAAAUCAACAGCAAAUGUUGGUUGCUAAGGAACAACGUUUGCGUUAUCUGAAGCAGCAAGAACGUCGUCAGCAGCAGUCUGUUUCUGAAAGUGAAAAGCUUCAAAAACUUAAAGAACGUGUUGAAACCCAGGAAACAAAGCUGAAAAAAAUCCGUGCCAUGAGAGGACAAGUGGACUACAGCAAGAUCAUGAAUGGCAAUCUGUCAACUGAAAUUGAGCAUAUAAGUGCCAUGUUCCAGGAAAAGCAGCAGGAGCUACAGGCUGCAGUGUUAAAAGUGGAUCAACUUACUCAGCAGCUGGAGGAUCUAAGGAAAGGGAAACUGAAUGGGUUUCAGUCUUACAAUGGACAACUGACGGGACCUGCAGCAAUAGAAUUAAAAAAGUUGUAUCAAGAGCUACAGAUUCGUAACAGGCUUAACCAGGAGCAGAACUCCAAGCUUCAGCAGCAGAAAGAACUCUUAAACAAACGCAAUAUGGAGGUGGCCAUGAUGGACAAGCGAAUCAAUGAGCUGCGAGAACGACUAUACAAGAAAAAAGUUGAGGCACGUCAAAAAGAAAACAUUCCUUUGAAUCGUAUUAAUGGAACUUCUUCACCCCAGUCAUCCUUGAGUGCUUCAGGAAGGGUGGCAGCAGUAGGACCUUACAUCCAAGUUCCCAGUGCUGGCACUUAUGCUGUACCAGUAGAUCCAGUUAAACCACAGUCUCUCACCAUUGCUUCUAGCUCAACACACGGAAGAUCAAAAUCCGAGACAGACUGUGGGUGUGUGAAAAAAUCUCCAGACACCUGGAAGGUUUCUGAUUUAGACAUAAUAGUGGAUCCUAUUCUGUCACCUCCCACUUCUCUUCAGUCCGCUGUUCACAAUGUCAUCCGCCUGGCACCUACUCUCUUUGACACCCAGCACUCUAAUGAUGGAAAUUGGCCAAUACUUAAACAGAGUUCAACCCCUGUGGUGAAACCCCCUCAGAUCUCCAACACAGACUGGAAAGAAUCAAGCAUGGAUACUGCUUUAAAACAAGGAACUAUAUCCAGCCAGCCUUUGCCAACUUCAGUUUUAGGAAGUACCGACAAGCUGGGUCUAGACCUGGGAAAGGUGCCACCAACAGUUCCUGGUGUAAGCAAGCAGUUGCCUCAAAACUAUGGGACCUAUCCAAGUCCAGUUCCCUUAGGAACAGGUUCUACAAAUUCUCUAGAAAGGAGGAAGGAUGGCAGCCUGCCCAGACCUGGCACCAGUAUAACAAAUCGGCAAAGACCUGUUCCGCUUCCGCCGCCAAGCAACGUACAUCAGCCCAGUUCUUCACAACAGAUCCAGCAGAGAAUUUCUGUACCUCCCAGCCCUACGUAUCAACCUUCCGGUCCCCCCUUGUUCCCAGGAGGGGAUGGCAGGCCAGAGCUCCCUUUAACUGUGGCAAUCAGACCUUUUCUAGCUGAUAAAGGAUCAAGACCUCAGUCUCCCAGAAAAGGGCCACAGACAGUGAACUCCAGUUCCAUCUACUCAAUGUAUCUUCAGCAAGCAACACCGCCAAAGAAUUAUCAACAAGCUGUAUACAAUACGUUAAAUAAGUCAGUAAAAGCAGUUUAUGGAAAACCUGUAUUACAAUCUGGUUCGACUUCUCCCUCACCCUUGCCCUUCCUUCAUGGUUCUUUGCCUGCCCAGACUUCCUCACAGCCACAGUCUCAGCCUCAGACUGAGGUCUCUGAAAAAGAUCAAGAGCUGGAAAACGCUCCACCAUCCAGUGAAAACAGCAAUGUGGAAAACAUUCCUCGUCCUCUCAGUCCUACUAAGCUCACACCUAUUGUGCAUUCACCCCUACGAUAUCAAAGUGACGCUGACCUUGAAGCUCUGAGAAGAAAAUUGGCCAAUGCUCCUAGGCCGUUAAAGAAGCGUAGUUCUAUCACUGAACCAGAAGGCCCAAGUGGACCAAAUAUACAAAAAUUAUUGUAUCAGCGCUUUAAUACUCUUGCUGGAGGAAUAGAAAGUGCUCCUUUUUAUCAGCCAAGCAAUCCACAGGACUUCAUAGGCAUCUUAGCUGAUGUUGAUAAUGGUAACGCUAGUACCAACGGCAAUAUUGAAGAACCUAUUUCCGUGCAACCUACAGUUCCUCUUCCUGAUGAGCCCCCCCCUUCGUCAGAUGCCAAUGAUAACGAAUUACCUUCUCCUGCUACUGAGGAACUGAUAAGCACUGAAACCACAAAUCAAACGUCUGAGACAACUGAAGAUAACAACAACAAUCCUGCGAUAGUUCCUUCUACUGAACAGUCACCCAGUCCCACGCCUGAGGUCAGUUCUCCAGUAGAAGAUGAAGCUCCUUUGCCUCCUGCUCUUCCUCCUCCACCUCCUCCAACAAAACGUACCAAUUUGAAGAAGCCAAACUCGGAAAGAACAGGCCACGGUUUGAGAGUGAAGUUCAAUCCGUUGGCCCUCCUCCUAGAUGCUUCUUUGGAGGGAGAAUUUGAUCUCGUACAACGAAUCAUAUAUGAGGUUGAUGAUCCCAGUAAACCAAACGAUGAAGGAAUUACACCGCUGCAUAAUGCAGUGUGUGCUGGUCAUCACCACAUUGUGAAGUUCCUGCUUGAUUUUGGUGUAAACGUAAAUGCAGCAGAUAGUGAUGGGUGGACACCUUUGCAUUGUGCUGCUUCUUGCAAUAGUGUUCAUCUCUGUAAACUGCUGGUUGAAUCUGGGGCAGCCAUUUUUGCUUCAACUAUAAGUGAUAUAGAAACUGCUGCAGACAAGUGUGAAGAGAUGGAAGAAGGUUAUAUUCAGUGUUCCCAGUUCUUGUACGGAGUGCAAGAGAAGUUGGGCGUGAUGAAUAAAGGAGUGGUGUACGCUCUGUGGGAUUAUGAAGCCCAGAAUAAUGACGAGUUGUCAUUCCACGAGGGCGAUGCCAUUACUGUUCUAAGACGCAAGGAUGACAAUGAAACCGAGUGGUGGUGGGCCCGCCUCAACGAUAAAGAAGGCUAUGUGCCUAAAAAUCUUCUUGGGUUGUAUCCACGAAUAAAACCUAGACAGCGAACCCUUGCUUGAAUUCAGUUGUACAACAGUGCAAUACCGUGCUGGUAACUGGAAACUUAAAACAUACACUGGAGCCAUCAUUUUUGAUCAUUUCACACAGAGACAUAAAACUAUGAUAUUUAGUUUUAAUGGUGCUUUCUCUUGCUAAAUGGACAGCAUCCAAGAUUUUCAAGAUCUGCAGUUUGUAAAUGAGGAUCGUUUUUAUGUGACCCACCACUGAUGAGGAGAGCGAUGCCUCCAGUACCUACAGUGUUGCACCAACUAUCGUCUAAAGCAGUGUUUUAAGUUAAAGUUCCGUGGUAGGAGCUUUCUUGUGUUAAAUGUUCUGAGGUGUCACUUGCGGAGUGCAGAUACGCUGUCCAGUUUGCUCCAACCCCCACAGUAACUGUCCCACAUCAGGAUUUCAGAUAUUUUGUUCGAUACCAGUGAACGUUGAGUUCUCAUUACUGAUCAACUCUUUGGGUUCUAGGACACGAGGUCUUCACCUAUUACCUGCAUAAUUAGUCACCAAAGCUUUAUGAAGGCUAGGAUUUUAAGGGGUAACGUGUUAUACACUUAAAUCCUAGUCUCGACAACCCCAACAAAAGCUUUACAUAGUCUAGCAUCUAGUAUUAUUUGCAUUUAGAAUCAAGCUAGAGAACUAACAAAACAACAGCAUUUGUACACUUCUCACACCCCCUACGCAGUGUUUCACUUGGUGUUUUAUUUUCUUAUUAUGCAGCCGACAGCACCAGUGUUACCUCUACUAAUGUAAAGGUUCCCCUACUAACCGCCUGAGCUCGUCCAUUCUGGACAGAACAGUUAGUACCGAACUUGCAGCAGCUUAAGGGAUUUUGUACGUCUGCGUGGAUGAAAGUGCAAUAGUUGAAAAGGGUAAGAGUUGGGGUAAGGGUUAAACUGUGUAAUUUGAAGUCUGCCAGAGUCAGUCUAGAAGAAAAUAUGAAGGAGGGGAUAGAUGUAGAGAGAGGGCUGGGUAGAUGCUAAGUUGAGGAGAAGAAAGAAAUGAGGUUUAGUGAAGGAUUUAAGAAAGGCAAUAGCUUAUUUGAGGACAGUUUCUGUGGUUCUUGGCAACCUACAUCUGUUGCCAAGGCAAGUUAUGCAAUAACCUAUUCCACUACAUUGUAGUUUCAAGGGAAAAAAAAAGGCACUUCACUGGAAUUUUAAUUGUACAUGAUUUUAUAUACCAAAAGUAUAUUUUGAAUUUCCCAUUAUAAGUUUUAGCCAUGUUUCUUGUAAUUUUCUCCCAUUUAACAGUAUGCAAUUUGAUUAAUUCUUCAAGUUCUGUGUAUAAUUUAUAUAUCCAUUUCUGCAGUGCUGUAACUUGCUUUUACCACAGGUUAGCAUUAACUGUAUAUAUUGUGGUGAAAAGUGAAAGGGUAUUAUUGUUGAAGAAUUUGCUACAUGAAUGUGAUGAUUUCAAGAGCCUAUGAUACACUAAUUCAGAGAAGAUGUAAAUGUGCACAAUAAAGUACUGCUAAGGCAUG